CGUUCUUGCGUGGCACAGAAACGAGCCAUCAUAGUUAAGAUUACUACAGAAGAUAAGAUAAAUUUCAGAUAAGCAUAUGAACUCGGACCACAGAAUGAAUGACAAAAUGUAUAUUCUUAUAACGAUAUUGUUCAUUUUUCAAGUCGAAGUAUGCACUCCAUUCCUGUUUGAGCCACCAAGCAGCCAUGGAUCACUGAACUUUCUAGCAUUUGGUGACUGGGGUGGUAUAUCUUUCCAUCCAUACACAACCCCAGUUCAAACCUCGGUAGCGGAUCAGAUGGCACGAGUAGCGGCGAGGGAGAAAGUGAGUUUCGUACUAGCACUUGGAGAUAACUUCUACCUUUACGGUGUUGAAAGUGUAGAUGAUCCAAGAUUCCAGACGACAUUUGAAGCAGUGUAUUACAAUAGUUCCCUGCAUAUUCCAUGGUAUGUCGUCGCCGGAAACCAUGAUUACUUUGGAAAUGUUUCUGCGCAAAUUGAGUACUCGAAACGUUCUAGCAGGUGGAAGUUCCCAGACUUCUAUCACAAAGUAACACAGCCAAUUCCUGGAGGAAGGACACUGGAUAUCUUGCUAAUAGAUACAAUACAAUUGUGCGGCAAUGUAUAUGCCUUGGAUCAGCCCCCGGUCGGCCCGGCGGAUUUGAAGGCGGCUGAAGACCAGUGGAAAUGGAUUGAACGUUCACUGAACGAGUCGCAGGCUGACUAUAUUUUAGUUGGUGGACAUUACCCGAUAAGGUCAGUAGCCGAGCACGGACCUACCGACUGCCUCAUUCAGAGACUCGAACCUAUGCUGUACCAGAACAGUGUCAGUGCAUAUCUAGCCGGCCAUGACCACCAGUUACAGCAUAUUCAGAUGAGUACCGAGGGGCAAACAAUGGAUUACUUUAACGUGGGUGCUGCGAACUUCGUGGACAAAUCUCAGGCGCAUCUUACCUCCGUUCCAAGGGAAAAUUUGAAAUUCAUUUUUGCGGACCUCAUGUAUUUAGGAGGCUUUUCAUACUUUGAGGUUUCUGACUCCGCAAUGAAAGUAAAGUUCAUUGAUGGAGUGGGUUUUGUUCGAUACGAGCAUGAAAUUAAACCAAGGAAAUAAAACAUAUGAAAAGUU